AUGGCGAUCAGGAACCGACCAACUGGAAACUUGUCAGCUUAUGUGGAAAUAGAGACAAUGAGUAAAGUCAGUCAUCACCGAAUACUUGAUUUUUAUGGAUACAGUAAAACUGCGCACGUUCUGUCAAUAUUUUUUGCUUUUAUUGAGAAGGGUACAUUAGCAACGUACAUCAAGACUCAAGAAGAACGACAUCUUACAGAGAGAAAAACUUCUCAGUUUACAUUCCAGAUCCUUGAAGGCCUUGAAUAUCUACAUCAAAAGAGAAUUAUACACAGAGAUAUAAAAGGCUCGAAUAUCCUAAUGCAAGAUGACGACAACAUAAAAAUAUCAGAUUUCGGUGUCGCGAAAAUUCUUCAAACACUUUCACGCGCUAAUACUAAAGGAACGGGAACAGUUAACUGGAUGGCACCGGAAGUGAUGAGUGGUGGCUCUUAUGACAACAAAGUUGAUAUUUGGAGUCUUGGAUGCACAGUUUAUCAAAUGUUUACUGGCAAAGUUCCGUUCAAUGAAGUAGAAGAUCACACAAUUAUAUUGAAAAUGCACAACAAAGCUUUAGUAUUGAUUCCACCAGAUAAUUGUUCAAAACAUCUACGAAAAUUUCUGAACAGCACUUGCGAAAUAGACCCGUCCAGAAGGCCCAGUGCAACGGAAUUACUGGAACAUAGUUUUUCAACACAAGAGGCAGAACGUCUCUUAAAAGGGGUAGCUGUACAAUUGCAACGAAAUGCCAUUUUCGGAGCUGAUGUGCGAUUAAAUGAUAUGUACCCGGAAUUAUCUGCUGUACCCAAGCCCAGUAAUAACUUGUUCGCUUCCCCCUCUCUGUUGGAUACAACAAUGAUUACAAAUGACGUGUCCAAUAUGCCAUUUUCGUCUACAACAACGGUGAAUGAAAACAACAGCUCGUCAGACACAAAGAAAAAUAUAUUAGUCAGAGAGGAACAUACCAGCCGCUACGCAUCUGUCGUUCGUGAUAACUGGGAAAAAGUUUUUGAAAACUUGAAUUUUACCCCAGAAGAGAUCGUGGAGGAAUAUGAAAUUUGCUCCAAUGACGUGAACCAAACAAUGAACACGCUUUUAUUAAAGUGGAUAGAACGAGAGGGCGAUGAAGCGACACAUGCAAACUUGCAAGAAGCGCUGGCGGUCACAGAAGAGGAAUAUCCAAAUACAAUGGAUUUUAUGCAGUUUGCUAGAUUGACGGAUUUGACGAAGGCGGGAAACUAG